GACAGUAGAGAGUCCUUUUAAUCAUCAAAUAAGUGUCUAAAAGAUAUAGAAAAAAAAUACGAUCAAAACAGACUUGAAAUUUUGACUCGGGUGCAUUCAAUUAGAAGCUCAUACAUGAAACAAUCGAAUUGCUAAUGGACACGUAUUCUUCGCAACAUUGCAAAACAGAAUAUUACUCAUUUAUUUAUUUUACUGCGUUGAUUACAGCAAAAAAGUCGAAGUAAACCAUCGCGUAUUCAACCGGCAUCCACUUAUUGAUUUCACUAAGUAGUUCAAUAAAUAAUUUCAACAAUAGAAUUUCAAUAUUUAUUUAAAAAUUUGAAUACUCUAAAAUAAUCAUAAUGAAGUGGAUAUGGGGAAUGGGGGAGACAAUUUUGUGCUUUUUAUUUGUGAGUGCAGUCGAAAGCCACCUCAGCAAAUUCAUAGAUUCUUCGACGUCAGCACUAAACGAUCAUCCAAUUUCACAAAAUCAUACGAGAAAAUUACUGGAAUUGUGUUUUUCCGAUCGAAUGAACCCAGUGGUCAUAACUAAAAAUUUGGUUAAAGUGUUUCACGGAAUCAGAGACAAUAAGGAAGCAAAUAUUUCUUUUAUCAUAAUAGAUGAAAAUUUGAGCUGGAGGUACUGGCAUGAUCGGAACUUAAUUGUGUAUCCAUCUUAUUCCACUGUCAUUCUGUCAAGCGAUUCUAUCAAAAGCGAGUGCUUCGUUUUAUCGCCCAAGUUAUCUAAGUGUUACUCAAAUGAAAUCUCUAACAUCAAAGAACAUUUAAACUAUGUGAAUUACGGGAGUACCAGGACGACGUUCUUGGUUUCCGGGAACCAGUGCGACGAUGCAUCGAAAGCGUUGGGAUGGCUCUGGGGAAAAGAAAUUUCUACAUCAUUUUUCUUAUGCCCCAACGAAUUUAACAACAAUACGAUAAUUUACACCAUGAACCCUUUUGGUGAUAGAGCGCCUAAACCCUGGGAGAAAGUCGAAACUCAAGACAAACCAUGCGACGUGUGCACAUUUUACAGAAUGUCGUUUAUUAACGAUGCGGAAAUUUGUUCUAAUGUAACUUUUGACAAAACAGAGAUCUUAAACGGAUACAAAUUAGGUUACGGGAUUUUUCCACCUAAGAUGUUACGAAAAACCAAAGUUUUCUUUGAAAAUUUAUAUUCAGCUAUGAACAUGACUCCUGUUUAUCCGUAUAGGGAAAGUGGAUAUUUAAAUUUAAUUUCUGGCGAUCCAUGGCCAAUUGACGAUUUAAUAAAGGAACUUCACAAUAUCAUACCUUACUUUCAGCAAGGAGGAUACGUGAUAGUGACACAAAAACAAAGUUUUGUUCCAACUCUCGAUCAAGUUAUUGACAGUUUUUUCACUCGGGAAAGAAUAAUCAUGUCAUCGGUUAUUCUAUCAGCUCUUUUUUUAAUGAUGUUUCUCAACAACCGGUACGAUUUCGGUGCUACCGUUUUAGAUCUCGUAGCGUUUCUUCUCGACAUGGGAAUAUCGACUCCAAUUCUUCGACUUUCAAUGCGUAUUACGUUUAUGAGCGCAACGUUAUUUGCACUGAUUUUCAAUCCGGUGUUACAGGGGCAAGUGACUUCUCUCUUGAGUAGACCCGGACAUAGAAAUGUCCAAAGUUUGAAGGACUUGAUAGAUCAUGAUUAUCGCGUGUAUUUCCGUUCUAAGGAAAUCACAAACAAAUUGCGUGAAAAUCAACCAUGGGAUGAUAAGUAUGAGGACCACUUAUGGGAUAUGUUGAUUCGAAACGUAUAUCAAGAUGAUUGUCUGUCAAAAGUUAGAAACGAUUCCUCCGUUGCUUGUAUACUUGACUAUACUGAACUCGAACACAUUGACGAGAACUUACACUAUUCGAAAGAAUUUUCCAAUAAAUAUCGGGUUUUUCAGACUGAUAGACAUUUCCCAUUAAAUGAAAGAAUCAAUAAGAUUGCACUUAAAUUGUUUGAAACAGGUCAUUUAAAUUAUGCUGAAAGACGUGAGUUUUAUAAGAUUUUGUUGGAACGAAAACGAAAAAUUGAACGAAUUAAGGAAUUGAUAAAACAUAAUCAACUCGAUCUCGAGGAUUUUGAACUAAUUUACAUUACGAUGACACUCGCGACGGCUUGGGCAAUUGUCGUUUUUGGUAUCGAAGUUUUGAUUAAAAAAAUAGUAACUUUCUUAGAUAAACGUGCGAAAGAGUCAGACAAAAGAAAAUUGAUGGUCAGAGAGACAAUCGCGUCUACCGUUAGACGAAUGGCCAUUGUUACGCAACAAUUGUAAUUUCCAUUAAAUAUCGCGUGAGUUUCUUCGCAACGACAUGUUUAUUUACCGAUUGGCGUUCCGUGUUUCUAUUAUACACUUCGAUGAAUCAAACUAAUGAAUUUUGAGAUCAUCUGAAACUGCUUCUGUCGAAUCUUCUGAAGUUUUUAUCACAAGACGAUAUAAUUUCAUACCGAUAGCAUUAUUUAAUAGAACUAACAAACCAUAAUCUAUUUUAUGAAUUGCUGUCAUUUUACCGAUUCUGCUAUUAUUUUAACUCAAAAAAACCAGUGCUGUCAAUUAAUACGUUUGAAACUUCGUAAACACGAUAGCUCUCGAUAGACACAAUUAAUGGGCCUAACUUUUUCUUGGUUAUCUUCGUAUUUUUUAUUACCAGAACCCUAUGGAAAAUCAC